UCUUGUGUACACACAACUACAUGCAUAUAAACAAAAACUGUUUGUGUGUGUGCACAUAAGCAAGUGCUGAGAUAAAUGAGGGAAGUGAUUUCACACAAAAUUUUCCAAACUCCUCCACAGAGUUAGUAUCGCAAGUUAGCCAGUCUGUAGUAGAUCAUCGCACAUUCAUGGUGUUCCGCCUCUCCAUAGCAUUUGGAAUUUUUUUUAACGUGCACUAACGUUUCGUAUGCGUAACGUAGAGCAACGCGUCGGCGAUUUCGUGUUUUUAACUUCGCGCUUUUUUAUCAAACAAUCUUUAAAGAACUCACUAUUAUUCACAUAAGUGUUAAGUGCUACAGUUACUAUUUCAAAGUUACUAAGUGCAAGUGUUGUGAUUUAUUGUCCGGGAAAUAAUAUAAACUUUAUGAUGCUACCUUCACCGUAUUAUCCCACCGUCGCCCCAGCGCUGGAUGAGCUGCAAUUGGCGCGCGGCGAAUAUGUUUGUGCGAAUAAUCCGUCGGUGGCCGCUUUGUUGUCGGAGAAUAAUGUUGCGGCCGCCGCUUAUUAUUAUCAACAAUUGAAUCCGUUUCUGCGCAUUAAUCCGAGUUUCUGGUCAAUGCCGUUAUCGUUCCUGCAAAGCUCACAUCGUCCGGAGAAGCCGCCAUUCUCCUAUAUCGCUUUAAUUGCGAUGGCCAUCAGCAGCGCACCGAAUCAACGACUCACGCUCAGUGGCAUCUACAAGUUCAUCAUGGAAAAAUUCCCAUAUUAUCGGGAAAACAAACAAGGGUGGCAAAACUCCAUACGGCAUAACCUCUCUCUGAAUGAUUGCUUCGUGAAGGUGCCGCGUGAUAAAAAUACAAUUGACGAUAACGACAGCUCUGGCAAAGGAAGCUAUUGGAUGUUGGACGCAUCGGCCAACGAUAUGUUCGAACAAGGCAACUAUCGCCGUCGGCGCACGCGACGACAAAGGCAUUGCAUUAGAAGCUCCAGCGGCUCUGAGGAUAACUAUCAAAUGGAUAAGCAUCAGACUUAUGACGGCACAAUGGACGAACCGUCUGCUGCUUCACAAAGUGAUCUCAACACAUACUGCAACAAACAUCCUGCUCCAAUGGGUUUAAAUUACUCCGAUCGUAUUACCGAAUUGCACCGUCAGUAUUUGGCUUCGAUUGCGCCCUUCAAUAUACUCUUUCGAAAUGAACCGCCAACACAGACGAACAUCACCACCAGCACCGCCGGGCCCACAACGCAACUGAGCGCACACCACGAUCUAACCUUGCCACAUGUGGGCACAAUGUUGCCUUUAUUGGGCACAAAUCAAGACGGUAGCCAGAAUUCAUUUCGUGACAUGGACAACUUCGAUCUCUCGGGUGGCGCCUACUCCAACAGCAACAGUUCGGUGGAUAGCUCGCGACAAGCAAACUCAUUUUCACCCAGCGCCUUCACACCCAUCACACCGGCCCGUAGCACGCAACCCAUACCACCAUUGACGCAGCCGCAAUUGCAAUCGCAACCAAAGGCGCUCACCUCCGCUUUCACCAUUGAGAAUAUCAUUAAGAAAGACUGAAGGGAUGACCAAUCGAAGGCAACAAAUACGCGGUAUAUUUAGAAACUUACAUUAAUUUGAAUUUAGAAUAUGCUUAGUAUAGUCAAGAUCAUAACUACCAAGAGAUUAUGUGAUAUCAUUAUCAAUAAAAUAGAAUAAAAUAAUAUAAUUAAAUGCACAUCUUUUGGGUAUACACCUAAUAGCGGUCCGAUAAAGACUAAGUCUGUGGAAGAAAAACGAUAUUUUCGUAAAAAUGGUACAUAAUUUAAUUCUUAAGGUAGUCUCUUUUUCGCUCGAUAUACUCGACCCAACUUUUUGAGCCCGAAAAAUGCGCUUUCAAAAGGUCUACAUAGAAGGUCUU